AUGAAACCGGGUGAAACUGUCCAAGAAUAUGGAGCAAGAAUAAGAAAUACAGAGAUAAAUAAACUAGACAAAGCCAUUGUACUCGCGAAUCAGGAUGAUCUUAAGUUAAAAAGUUGGAAGAGAGUACACAUGGGAGCGUCAGCACCCGAAGCUGCUUCGACUUCUAAUGUAGGACAAAACCUGAUACCGCUAUUUAAAUCUAAUAAGAGAAUAGCAUAUUUGCGGACUGAAAAUAAAUUUAAAGGAAGCCGUGAUACAGACUCAGAAGCCGAUCGUCGAAGACAUCAAAGGCGCUCUUCCAGCAUACAAUCAGGUCGUCGACUUCUGUUAGAUAGCCCUUCAUAUACUUCUCCGGGGUCACCCCUCUCAAAUAAAGACUCGAAUAGUCAUCAUUUCGAAGACCCACACAGCAGUAUUGCUUUUACUCAGAAAAAUAGUUCUUCUGUAGAUCCAGCGAUACUUAAAGUCAAUGAAGACACAACACAAGAUACUAGCAAAAUCGAUCAGUUGAGUCAAGUAUUUCGUUUUGUAAAAAUUAUUUAUGAUGAGAAAGGGCAGCCAAUUGACUUACACAUUGCAGAGGUAUUCACUUCUUUUACUCCUGUAAACGAUCAGUCUUCUUUAGGCCUCGAAAAAUUGUUGACUGAUUGCCUGGAGAAAAUGAGUCUUGAUCUUCGAAAAUGUAGGGGUCAAGAGUAUGACGACGGUGCAACGGUUUUGAGCGGUUCUUAUUCAGGAUUGCAAAAAAGAAUCAAAGACCUAGCUCCACAUGCACAUCUUGUUCAUUGUGCUGUCCACAACUUAAACCUUGUAUUGCAAGAUGCAGUAUCGUGUAGUAGAGAGAUCGAAGGGUUUUUGAAACAGUGCAAUCUGUAUAUGAGUUUUUCGGUCACAGCAUAA